UCGCCCCGCCCCGUUCCUCCUCGCCCCGCCCCACCCCAGUCAGCCCCGCCCUGCCCCGCGCCGCCAAGCGGUUCCCGCCCUCGCCCAGCGCUCAGGUAGCUGCGAGGAAACUUUUGCAGCGGCUGGAUAGCAGCACGUCUCUUGCUCCUCAGGGCCACUGCCAGGCUUGCCGAGUCCAGGGACUGCUCUCGCUCCGGCUGCCACUCUCCCGAGCUCUCCUAGCUCCCUGCGAAGCAGGAUGGCUGGGACCGUGCGCACCGCGUGCUUGGUGGUGGCGAUGCUGCUCAGCUUAGACUGCCCGGGACAGGCGCAGCCCCCGCCGCCGCCGCCGGACGCCACCUGUCACCAAGUCCGCUCGUUCUUCCAGAGACUGCAGCCCGGACUCAAGUGGGUGCCCGAAACUCCCGUGCCAGGAUCAGAUUUGCAAGUAUGUCUCCCUAAGGGCCCAACAUGCUGCUCAAGAAAGAUGGAAGAAAAAUACCAACUAACAGCACGAUUGAACAUGGAACAGCUGCUUCAGUCUGCGAGUAUGGAGCUCAAGUUCUUAAUUAUUCAGAAUGCUGCAGUUUUCCAAGAGGCCUUUGAAAUUGUUGUCCGCCAUGCCAAGAACUACACCAAUGCCAUGUUCAAGAACAACUACCCAAGCCUGACUCCACAAGCUUUUGAGUUUGUGGGUGAAUUUUUCACAGAUGUGUCUCUCUACAUCUUGGGUUCUGACAUCAAUGUGGAUGACAUGGUCAAUGAAUUGUUUGACAGCCUGUUUCCAGUCAUCUAUACCCAGCUAAUGAACCCAGGCCUGCCUGAUUCAGCCUUGGACAUAAAUGAGUGCCUCCGAGGAGCAAGACGUGACCUGAAAGUAUUUGGGAAUUUCCCCAAGCUUAUUAUGACCCAGGUUUCCAAGUCACUGCAAGUCACUAGGAUCUUCCUUCAGGCUCUAAAUCUUGGAAUUGAAGUGAUCAACACAACCGACCACCUGAAGUUCAGUAAGGACUGUGGCCGAAUGCUCACCAGAAUGUGGUACUGCUCUUACUGCCAGGGACUGAUGAUGGUUAAACCUUGUGGUGGUUACUGCAACGUGGUCAUGCAAGGCUGUAUGGCAGGUGUGGUGGAGAUUGACAAAUACUGGAGAGAAUACAUUCUGUCUCUUGAAGAACUUGUGAAUGGCAUGUACAGAAUCUAUGACAUGGAAAACAUACUGCUUGGUCUCUUUUCAACAAUCCAUGAUUCCAUCCAGUAUGUCCAGAAGAAUGCAGGAAAGCUGACUACCACUAUUGGCAAGUUAUGUGCCCAUUCUCAACAACGCCAAUAUAGAUCUGCUUAUUAUCCUGAAGAUCUGUUUAUUGACAAGAAAGUAUUAAAAGUUGCUCAUGUAGAACAUGAGGAAACCUUAUCCAGCCGAAGAAGGGAACUAAUUCAGAAGUUGAAGUCUUUCACGAGCUUCUAUAGUGCUUUACCUGGCUAUAUCUGCAGUCAUAGCCCUGUGGCGGAAAACGACACCCUUUGCUGGAAUGGACAAGAACUCGUGGAGAGAUACAGCCAAAAGGCGGCAAGGAAUGGAAUGAAAAAUCAGUUCAACCUGCAUGAGCUGAAAAUGAAGGGCCCUGAGCCACUGGUCAGCCAAAUUAUUGACAAACUGAAGCACAUUAACCAGCUCCUGAGAACCAUGUCUGUGCCCAAAGGUAGAGUUCUGGAUCAAAACCUGGAUGAGGAAGGGUUUGAAAGUGGAGACUGUGGUGACGAUGAAGAUGAGUGCAUUGGAGGCUCUGGUGAUGGAAUGAUGAAAGUGAAGAAUCAGCUCCGUUUCCUUGCAGAACUGGCCUAUGAUCUGGAUGUGGAUGAUGCUCCUGGAAGCAAGCAGCAGGUGAUUCCGAAGGACAACGAGAUAAGCACCUCUCACAACCUCGGGAAUGCUCAUUACCCACUGAAGCUUCUCACCAGCAUGGCCAUCUCGGUGGUGUGCUUCUUCUUCCUGGUGCACUGACUGCCUGGUGCCCAGCGAUGUGCUGCCUUACAGCACCCUGUGGUCUUCCUCGAUAAAGGGAACCACAUUAUUUUUUUUCUAUUUUUUUAUCCUGUAUGCCUCCUCCAGCCAUUAAGUAGAGGACUAACCUUGUGUUAUGUUUUUGAAAAUCAGAUGGUAUGUUUUGGAGGAGGGUAAAUUUUAGUGGUAGUAUAUAGAUUGUCCUUUUGCAAAGAAAAAAAAAAAACCCAUCAAGUUGUGCCAAAUUAUUUUCCUAUGUUUGGCUGUUAGAACGUGGUUACCAUGUCUUUCAGUCUCACUCUCUCCUUUCCUUUCUUUCUUUUUGCAUGGAUUUCUUUGGAAAAAAAAAAAUAAAUAAAUUGCUCAAAUAAAAA